AUGUCAGCCGAUGAACCCCGACCUUCGAAGCGGGCCCGUCAAGCUUGUGAUCCAUGUCGAAGAAAGAAGUCCCGCUGUCCCGGGGAAAAACCAGAAUGCUCGUAUUGCCAGCGCCUGGGCCAGCAAUGUGUUUACUCCCAGAGUGAUUUCGGAGACUUUAGAGGGUCGUCGGACAUGGUCGAGUCUCGCCUGACUGAACAGGCGAGACGACUGGAGAGCUUAGAGGGUCGCAUCGAGGAAUUGCUCGGUUGCUUGAGCGCAAAGCAAGAGCCGACGCUGGCGACGGCUUCCCUGGAACUUAGGGCUUGCUCGAUUACCAGUAAUGAGACUCAGGCGGACACCAUCAGCACCAUGGCGGCGCAUCUCUAUUUGAGAUGCUGCAACUACCAACCGCUUCCUUUGUUCCAUCCUGAAGGGUUUGUCGAGUCGAUUACUUCGAGAGAUUCGGAGCUCGUUCUUGCAAUUCAGGCGAUCAGUCUGCGGUUUGCUGCUGGGCCGGCGGCGGCUGGUGUUGCUCUUCGUGGCCAUGCCACCAGGGCUCGCUCUUUGGUCAUGGAGCGAGUUAACUAUGGAAGAUUGGAGGUCUCCUCGUUGCAGACGCUUUGCUUAUUGGCCCUCUACGAAUUUUCAACCGGGAAUAUCACUCAGGCAGGCCUGACCCUCAACAUGGCCACCUACCUCGCUCAAAGAGUCAACCUCGCCGGCGAGGUGCUAGGCAACAUCCACACAGAAACAGACGAAAAGCGACGCUGUCUAUGGAGUAUCGAACUGCUAAAAAACAUCCAAGGCGACGGAAUCCAAACCCACCGUCUCAAAUCCGGAGUCCUCACCCCCUUCGACACACGAUCCGGCCUCUCAUCCUCGCACGAACCCGUCGCCAUUCCCCAGUAUCCAGGAGUAACCAGUCCCCAGGAAGACCUAGGUCUAUUUCCCUACACAAUCCAACUAACCGAAGUAUGGGCCCUCGCCAUGAACUACGCCGCCACGCGAGUUGACCCCGCCUCGCCGCCGCCCUGGUUCUCACGGUCUGACUACUCCAUCGUGACAUACUGGCACACGGAUUUUGACAGCCGCGUCCCCUUAAAAUUCCGAUACCAUGCAAACCGCUUUCACAGCCACAGUCUGGCCGAGCUGGAGCAGCGUCGCGACUUCUGGGGCCCGUGGCUCUUCCUCCAGUUCGUGUACCUCGCCAUCCCCUGUCUGCUGAACCACCCGUUUCUCCUAUCCAUGCGACUGCGAAGCUUCCGACACACCAUGCCGCUAACUUUCCUGCGGCAGUCGUUCGAAGCUAUCACAGCGUGCACGGCUUGGGUCCUCCACCUAAUCGACCUCAUCGAUCACAAGGGGUUUGAAGUCUUUGACCCCACGAUCGGCGCCUGCGUUGUCGUAGUCGCUACUAUCCAUCUUCAGCACAGCUUCGUCGAAGACCAGGACUUGCGCGAUAAGGCAAAAAGUGGAUACGAGAAGUGCGUGCGCUUUCUGCAGACGCUUGCCACGCGAUGGCCACACCUCGAAAACAUGUCACACAAACUACACCAACUCCGCGAGAGCAUCUCCCGAAACCCCGAAAACCGCACCUGGUCCAUCGACGCCCCUCUCCUAUGGGAACUGCUCGUCUACGACCACGCCAGCCAGUCACCGCCAUCUUCAUCCGCCCCUAAGUCCCUCUUCGGGAACUCCCUACUCAACUCAAGCACCAGACCGGCCGCCUCACGCAUGAUGACACCAGGCCCGGAAUUCCCCCUCGUCGGCUCCGCUGGCAUCUCAGGACACCAGACGGUCGCCAGGGACCUGGACGCGUAUCCUCCAGAUUUGGUGACCACUCCUCCAGCGACGGGCUUUGCCGCGGCGCUGGGUGAUCCGUCUACGUUGUCGGGGGAGUUUCAUAGCUUGGUGGGGGAUCCGUUGGAUGGGAUAGUGCAUGAGAAUUUGUUUUUGGCGCCCGAGAGUUAUGGGAGGGCGAUUGAGGAUUGGUGGAAUUUGGCGUCUUUGUGA